GUCAGAGGUCGGAGGAGGAGUUACCGCCGUCUAAUCAGGAAGUUGCAGCGAUGCGCUUCACUGAGUUCAGCUAACGGUGUAAACAAAAGUUUUAGCCCCGCUUCAGCCUUGUGUAUUCCAAGUUGAAUCUGUUUAAUCACGCAGCUCAUUUUACCACUACUUAAAUUAACGCUAGCUUGCAAAGUUAACCCGUCAAAGAGUUUGUUAGGUAAGCGAUAUUAGAAAUACGCUGGUAGCUAGCUGAUGCUGUUACUUUCAGUCAGAUGGAGCGUACGUCGGGAUUUCCUAGUCACAUGCAAAGUCCUGAUCUGAGCUCAGUCCUGUCUUCGUGUGAGCCGGAGCUCCAGGAGCUGAUGAGACAGAUUGACAUUAUGAUCCAUCAUCAAAAGAAAGAGUGGGAGGCUGAGCUUCAGGCCAUUAAGCUUAAGCUGAAAGGUGCAGAGGAGGAGCAGCAGACUUCAAGAAAUCUUAUUGAAAGAAGGGACCUGGAGAUUGGAUUGCUACGCCAGCAGCUAGAAGAAAUCCAGUCCGGUCGACAGGCGUUAGUUGCAAAGUACGAGCAACAGCUGGAAAAGCUUUCAGAAGAGUUAGACAAAUUAAAACGGAGUUACCACAAGCUUCACCGCAAACACCUCAAGGAAAACCAUGGAUCUGCAAAAGACAGGGACCCUUCAGAGGUUGCAAGACUGCAAGAAAGCACUGAGGAAUACCAACGACGUGCUGCAGAAUAUGAGCUGCAGUGUGCCCAGUAUCAAAAACAAGUGGCAGCACUGGAGGCCCAAAACAAGAGACUGACUGAUGAGACAACACACAUUAAAUCUUUGUUGGCAUCUCGGCAAACAGAAAGGGAGCUUGAGGAGGGACAGUACCAGAGAGAAAAACAGGUGUUUUCAGAGGAACGUGACGAACUUAAUGCUACACUGGAGUCUCGUGAUUCAUUUCUGCAAAGAGCCAGUCUAGAGCGUCAGAGGCUUUAUAACGAAGCAGCCAGGCUCAAACAAAUUAUGCAAGCUAAGGAUCAAGUCAUUCGGUCUCUGGAGGACUGUCUGACAGCUCAGGACUGUGCUGGUGUUGAAAUCCUCAGAAAAGAUCUGGAAAAAACAGCCACAAAGCUUCACUGUGCACAAGCAUGUGAGGUUCAUCUGAAAGCUGAACAGGCAUGUCUCAAAGAGAGAUUGGAGAACAUGUGUCGACAGAGAGCAGAACAUUCCAAGACGGAGCAAGAACUGAUGAUCAUUAAAGCAGAACACAACUCUGCUGUGGCUGAAAUAAAACAGCUUAAAGAAGAGCUGCAAAGGGCCAAACAAACCCACAGAGGUGAAGUCGAAGGAAUGAGGAAGGAGGUGUCAAAACUGAUGAGUGAGCUGCACCAGCGCGACCUCACCGUUGCCACACUGAGUGGCUCCUCAUCCAGCAUCAACCAGCAACUUCGCUGUGAAGUGGACAGAGCAGAGCAAAAGGCGGCCGAGCUUAAAAUGACUCAGGCACAGCUGGAGGCUCUACAAACCGAUAACAAUCAUCUGAGGAGUCUGCUGCAUAGGCUGGAGUCUCAGUCACCCAAGUUGGGGGGUUCCUCCCCGAGCAGCCUGGAGCAUGAGAAUCAGCGGCUAAAGCAGGCCCUCAUUGAGAUGCACACCAUUAACCAAGCUCCGCCUGCUCAGGACCGGAAUAUAGAUGUCUCGGAAAGUAAGCUGCAACAGAUCCAGAGGCUUUUCAAACAGCUCCAGACCUCAUCCCAGUUUCCAAACACCAAACAGCCCUGUAACCAGGACAGCAGACCGGUUUCUUCAGCAUCUUGUUCCUCUUCCUCCAGUAGACACGCAAGGAAAAAUUCGGUAACGUCGUCGUGUUCAGAUGAAUCUGCUCCCGAGGGAAAAAGCUCCAGCUCCAAAGACUCUCUCAGCCUCGUGUCCCGAGACAAAAUAUCGCCCUGUAACUCACCACUGGAGGUUUUGUCUACAUCCCCUGCACAUGGCAUGGUCACUUGUUUCCUCGAGGAAGAAAUGCUACGGAACGAGGAGCUGCUCCAGAGGCUGGACAGUCACAUCCAGGAUAUGAAGGAGAGCAACAUCAGGACCGUGUCAAAGUAUCUGCCCAGUGGCUCCGGGCCCGGCUCUGCAGACCAGUACCCAGUGGUCAGUGACUGAGUAAAAGGGCUAGAGGGUCCCUUAAGCUGCUGUGGCUUUAGGCAGUAGACAGUGUAGGUUAAGCGUUGUGAACUAUACAGCUCUUCUUAUUUUUGUAGAUUUUAAACAUAGUCUUAUUUCCUCUAGUGGUCAUUCAAGGGAUCUCAUCAGUAGCUGGUGAUGUGUCAUGGCUCUAUCACAUAUUGACUUCCCAUGCUUCACUCAGAUGUUAUCCAUUCAUACAAUUUGGAUUCAUUCAGAUGGGGAAACAGUCUGGAUUCAUUUUCAGGAUUACAUAACAUAUGUCUGUGUUAAAGAUGCUGCAGACCUCAGAUGUGUGGGCGCAUGUGCUGCACUCCACUUUCUGUACAACCUCUGGCAUCUGGUUGUGGUUUGGAUAAAAAAAGAAGACGCUUGAUUUCCUUAAUAAAGAUAGUUCCUGUCUAAGACUAAA